GAAAUAUAUGAUAUAACUUAUGGAUAAACAAUUAGUGACAUAUGGAGGAUUUUUGCAAAACUGAUGGAAAAACAAGGCUGAGAAAUAAAGGAGAGGCAUCAUGCGGACAUACAGAAGGAAAAUUGCAGAAGAAGAAAAGAAGUGGAGGAGAAAUGCUCGGUCUGUGGUGGGUGGAGGUGGUGGGAGUAUAUAUAGACUCUUCAGCAACAUAUUUCAUGUUGCUAAAAUAUUUGCCCUCCAAUCAGCAACAUGUUCCAUGUUGGUAAAAGGUUUGCCUUCCAUUUAGCCUCAUAGCCCCAUGUUGCUAAAAUGUGUUCAAAUUUUAAAAUCCAAGCUUAUCACCGACGUGUACCAUAUUGGUAAAACUUUCAUUUGCCAUCUAUCGCCAAUUUCUUGAUUCAUAUAUACUUCAAAACUCAUUUUUUAAAAUUCAAUUUCUUAAUAAAUUUUUAUUCCUUUA